AUGAUCGAACCAUGGGACGGCGACACUCCCCAACAUGCACCCACUCCUGGUUACUUUGGUUGUACACCUGCGUCCUUCUAUUCUCCUAGCCCCGCCCCAGAGCCUGGCCUGCAGCCCGAUCAACUAGGAUUCCUCCCAUUUAGUCUGUGGGAAAAGAGUGUCGACUACGCUGAACAACCACCUAAAUACGUCUGCUACACUAUCGCAUGGAAGCUUGUACUCAACCGCAAGACGGUGGGUAAAGUGACCGAAGAAGAUUUGGUCGUAGCACCCAGCGAGUACUGGGAAGAAAGUCUGAAAGUUGAUGCGGACGUUAUGCUGCGAACGAAAAAGAAACGUCACAAGCGGGUUCGCUCUGAAGGCACAGACAUCACGGUUUCCGUAGACGACCGGUCUCAGAAGGACUUCGAAAAAUUCUACCCUUCGGAUAUUAACUGGACACUAGUGGAGAAGCAGUUAUGUAAAUGGAGCAACUUGCUGCGAAUUGGCAAGAAGAUCAGUGUCACCAUUGCCUUGAACUAUAGGUAUGAUGAUGAUGUCAAUGAUGGUUCUACUACAUCCGCAUCACGAAGAGUCGAAAAGAGAGGCCGUGAGUCAAGAACCAAAAGGAUGCUCGCUGAACGCGAGGAAUGCAUCAACGCGGAAGAGGAGAGCACUGGACGAGCCUCGACCUGGAGUCUAGUGUAUGAGCGUAUGCGAUGCCAAGUCCGCUCAUGUCCUCUGAAGUCUGAUUGGUGCUGGGAAGACCCUCAAGACAAGAAACAUUAUAAACUCCGAGGUCCACACUUAGAGCGACUUAUUGACUAUGUCGACGGAGGUGGCAGCUUGGAGAGUCAUGAAGAUGUGCCCGAUGACGUACGUCGAGACGUGGUCUUGGAGAGCCAAAUAGGGCGAAAAUCCAAAAAGGUGGAUAACUUGCCGACGACAGGGGCGCCAUAUCCUCCGAUCAAUAUUAAUUUGAUGUCCGCUGAAACGGCCUGUGCUUCUACGAUUACGCCGUCGCCACCCAGGUUCCCACCGAAUGGAUGUCCCCACAUUCCUAGGCCGCGUGAGCAAGCAGUGAGAGAUUAUUGCAAAUGGCUGGAAUCACGCGUAACCGAGGAGGCGUACAAAGCUGACUUUCGACGAAUUUGUGAAGUCAUUCUGGAGAACCACCUGGAUCUGGAACUUAUCUUCGAAGAGCCCGACUCUGGAUUCUUUAUUCAGCAGGGGAUUAAGCUUGGAACCGCUCGCCGGUUCCUCCGCGACAUACAUGAAUGGGCUGGAUCGGCAGAACCGCACCAGGGAUCUAUUGAAGAACCCUAG